ACGUUCUCCAAUGUGUGUUUGAACCUGAACGGAUGAAGGUUGAACUGUCAACUAACCAUGAACGAAUAAUCAAACUAGUUACUGAAUAUAUUUUUUCAGUACUUGAUGUCUGUUCACAUGCCUUUAUAAUAAAGCAUGUAUUUUUGGACCUCGGCUGCUUCUUUCGGGAUAUUUGAAAGGGUGAAGAUGGCUGGUCUGUCCAGCUAUGCCCUGCGCAUGGCCCGUCUGAGCGCCCGAAUAUUUGGGGAUGUGGCCCGUCAGACAGACUCCAAAUCUAUGAAAGUGGUAGAGUUGUUUAAAGAACCCCCGCUGGCCCAGAGAAAAGAAGUGUAUGACUGGUACCCCCCACACAAGAUCUACUAUUCAAUGACCCAGAAGCUCAGAUUCAUGGGACUUUUCAGGGAUGAGCACCAGGAUUUCAAGGAGGAAAUGAGACGAUUGAGGAAACUGCGGGGUAAAGGAAAACCAAAGAAGGGAGAAGGGAAGAGAGCCACAAAGAAGAAGUAGACCAGCGCAUCUCAGCUGUUUAUGAACGGACAUUAUGAACGGAGAAUACGAUGAAGAAACUCUGUAUAUGAGUUGUAUCUGUAUGGACAACAGGACAUGUUUAUGACUGUGGUGAUAUGUUCUAUUAGCAGAGAUGAUGGUGAAAGAAAAACACAAAUGCUAAAAUCGCUUUUGGUGUCUGAUGGAAA